AAACCCCUCUCCUCUCCCUUUUAUUAGUUUAUAUAAACCCAUCGAUCCUUCUAUUUCUCAGAUCCGUCUCUCUCCUCUUUCUCUUAUUCAGAUGGUGUACGCAUAGACGUAUAUAUAUAUAUGGGGCCGCAAACGCAAACAUAUGUGUUUCGGAGUGAGAUGGGAUACACGGAGCUGGAGAAGAGGCAGCUCUUCUUGCGAAGCUACACGUUUUCGAGGAAGCAGAGCGUCUCCGAUAGAAUCAAAACAUCCUUCUUCAGAGUGAAAAAGGCCAUCUCUGUUCGCUUCCGAACCGCGAGAAGGCUGAGGAGGAAGAUUUGGUUCAAGCUCAAAAAUGGGCUCUUCUUCUCCACUAGGCGAAGGAGGCUCUUCCUCCGCCUCCACGCCUAUAACUACUGCUACAAUUCACACCACUCUUCUUGUUUCUGAUCAUUUCUUCAUUUCAUUUUUCACUACUUUUAUUUUCUUCUUAUUUCUUAUGCUUGUAAAGGUAAGUUACAUUACAUGGCCUCUCUCCUAAGUUUAUUCUAGUUUUUUUUUAUUUAAUUUGACAUGAUCAGAGGGUGUAAUAAAUAUUCUUGUAUUCGACUAUUAGAAUUAGUUGAAGUGAUUAUUGCAGAUGGUUGAA